AUGGGUGGCCAAGUCUCCAAGAUGAUGGGGAAGAUCUUCGGCACGAAGGAAAUGCGCAUUCUUAUGCUGGGUCUCGAUGCUGCUGGAAAGACUACAAUUCUCUACAAAUUGAAACUCAGCAACCAGGACGUGACAACAAUCCCCACAGUCGGCUUCAACGUGGAAAGCGUGACCUAUAAAAAUGUCAAGUUCAAUGUCUGGGAUGUCGGUGGUCAGGACAAGAUCCGACCCCUUUGGCGACACUACUAUUCCGGCACACAAGGCUUGAUUUUCGUGGUGGAUUCUAGCGACACUGCCCGUCUGGAGGAAGCUCGGUUGGAGCUCCACAAGAUCAUUAACGAUCGCGAAAUGAAGGAUGCUCUCCUGUUGGUAUUCGCCAACAAACAGGAUAUUAGUGGUCACCUGAGCCCGGAGGAAAUUACCAACACGCUCCAGCUGACCAAGCUUAAGGAUAAGCUGUGGUAUGUUGCGCCCAGUGUGGCUACAGAUGGUACUGGUAUCUUUGAGGGUCUGGCCUGGCUCUCCAACAACGUCAAAACCCAACCCACGAAAUAA